AUAGAACCCUAAUCUUAUUGGCUUCAUUCGCCGGCGUUUUGUGUGUGUGUCUGCCUUGCCUUCAUUUCCUCAUAAAACUAUUGAAAUAUGUUGAAAUUAAAGCUAGAGGCCUUGGAACACCCAACUCCUGAUAAAUUAGAUUAUAAUGAUCGAAAAGUUUUUGCUAGCACAGUUUUAUGGUUGGAAGACCAGAAGAUUCGAACAUACAAAAUCGAAGACCGUGAACCACUGCGCAGAGUUGAUGACACAGUGAAAUGGGAGGCCGCUUAUGAGCAAUAUAAACAGGAUCUGGGUAUGCCAACACUUGAAACACCCCUAGAAGAAUUGUCGUGGAUACUCAGUUAUGCUAUACGUUUGGAAUUUUUGGAUGCUCCUGAAGCCUACAAGGACUUAAGUGGUGAAAAAGUGGCCGAGCAAAGUAGCAAAUCCAUUAAACCUAGCAUACAGAAUGAAAACUUUUUCGAUAAUAUGGAUUUCCAACACAAAGAUUUCAUCGCUGGCGUGAGAUCUAUGGCAGCAAAGCUGAAAGUACCCCAUCACCCCAAUCAUUUGCUGCAAUUGGAAGCUAUUGCUCGCAUUGUCAAAGAACGUAUGGCCCCGGAUGUUAGAAACCGACCAGCUGUCGUAGGAACACCCUUCCCCUUUGAAAAGGGCAACGAUAUUGUUGCACCCGAUGACAACAGUCUUGAUUAUCCAGUGAGAAUUUUGCGUCUGUUGCAAAUUCAAAGUUUGCGAGAGCUACAGACACGCAUUAAUGAAACCAUUGUUGCUGUGCAAAAUGUUACAGCCAAUCCCAAAACAGAUACCAAGCUGGGUAAGGUAGGAUUUUAAAGGAAAGGAAGGUUUCUCUGCACAUGAUAUUUAUUUAGAAAAACGAGAUUGCACAUAUUUAUAACGGCCAAUAUUUAUGAAAAUAAGAAAUAAAAAACUAAAAAUGCAUUAAA